AUGAUUGCUGUUGAGGGGGUGGUGGUUGGGCAAACUGAGGGGCAUGUUGGGGAGGAUAACCUUGCGGUGGGUACCCUGGCUGGGUUUGGAAGUUUUGGUGGGUUUGGUGGUGGAACCGGUGGUGAUGGAUGGUCUAUGGGGGUGUUUUUAGCAGCAUCUCUGCUUCUUUCAAUGGUUCGAAAGUUGAUUACAGCUAANAUUGCUGUUGAGGGGGUGGUGGUUGGGCAAACUGAGGGGCAUGUUGGGGAGGAUAACCUUGCGGUGGGUACCCUGGCUGGGUUUGGAAGUUUUGGUGGGUUUGGUGGUGGAACCGGCGNGAGGGGCAUGUUGGGGAGGAUAACCUUGCGGUGGGUACCCUGGCUGGGUUUGGAAGUUUUGGUGGGUUUGGUGGUGGAACCGGUGGUGAUGGAUGGUAGGAGUAAGAAUUUAUGUAAUUAG